CUCGCAUUGGCCAGUCUCUUUUUGCCAUGCAACAACGACUUGGAAGAGGCAUCUUGUGGGAACAAAUGGGAUGGAUGCAAAAUUGUUAUCCGUGUACAUGGAGAGGGAUUUCUUGCAAGGAUGAUGAUGUAACGGAGAACAAUAGUACAACGGCUAGCAGCAGUCAAUCAGUAGUGGGGUUGUCAUUGGGAUCCUUGGGAUUGCAGGGGACGAUCCAUCCAUUUUUGGGGCUGCUGAAAAGCAUUGAACAUCUUGAUGUAUCAAACAACAUGCUGCAAGGAACCAUACCGACGCAGUUGGCCUAUCUUGUUGACCUUGAUGUCCUUCGCUUGAACAACAAUAAAUUGGCAGGAUCGGUGCCGUCCUCCCUCUGUAACUUGCAGCAGCCGCCAUCGAGACUCGAAGUUGAUUGCUGGGGUAGCAACCCUGCGGUAGUUUGUGAUUGCUGCACAUUUUGUGCUGGUUUUCCCACAGUGCAGCCUACCCCAACUCCGACACAGCAACCAUCCGAUUGGCCCAGUCUAGUUCCCACGGAACUGCAAGAACCAUCCGAUAUCCCCAGCAUGGUCCCUACUGAACGGAUCAGCACAGAGACAACAACCUUGGACAUGGAUUUCUUCUUGCAAGCAGAAGAAGCUACAAGAAUACCAAUCACGUCGGCCCCGACACCGCAUCCAACACGGAGAACGCAACAACCAGGAACUGUACCUUCACCCGCACCUACGUAUGAAGGCGAUCCAGCCGCGGAAUGGCUCGAGCACCUAUCAUCUUGCGGAGGAGAUGAUGUUGGCAUUUCGGAACAAAUCCAACUGUUGUCCCCUAAAAAAUCUAAUUUCUCUUUGUCAGUACGUGUGUCGAAAGGCCCCCACUGCCCCAGGAACUGGGAUGGCUUCAAGGCUGUGAUCCGUGUGCUUGGGGUAGAGUAUAUUGCCACGAGAACAAGCUUGUGGGGUUGGAUUUGUCAUCCCUUGGACUGGAAG